UGUUGAGAUCUCCGCGAUCUCGACGCUCGUUGUAUUGUGUGGCACUGGAGAAGCUCACAGUUGUCCACCAACCAAUACCACCCUUCGUCCUCCUCCUCCUCCUCCGCCGCCACCGCCACCUCCUCCUCCUCCGCCGGCACCGCCGCCGUAGCCUCCGCCGCCGAUGGCGUCCUCCGACGCGGCGGAGGACUCGUCGGAGAAGCCCUUGCUCCUCCACGGCGACCUCGACCUCUGGAUCCUCGAGGCGCGGCGCCUCCCCAACAUGGACCUGUUCUCCGAGCGCCUCCGCCGCUGCUUCUCCGCGUGCCGACCCCCGAUCCGCUCCUCCUCCAACCCCGAGCACGGCCAUGGCGGCGGCCACCACCACAUGAAGGGGAAGAUCAUCACCAGCGACCCCUACGUCACCGUCUCCGUCGCCGGCGCAGUGGUGGCGCGCACCCGCGUGAUCCCCAACUCCCAGGACCCCGAGUGGGGGGAGCACUUCGUGGUCCCCCUCGCCCACCGCGCCGCCGCCGUGGAGUUCCACGUCAAGGACAACGACGUCUUCGGCGCGCAGCUCAUCGGCACCGCCUCCGUCCCCGCGCACCGCCUCCUCGCCGACUCCGGCGAGGAGGUGCGCGGGUGGUUCCCCGUGAUCGGCCCCUCGGGUAAGCCCCACAAGCCCGACACCGCGCUCCUCGUCGCCCUCCGCUUCGUCCCCCUCGACCGGAGCCCUAGCUACCUCCCCGGGAUCGCCGGGGACCCGGGGAGCGGCGGGGUCCGGGACGCGUACUUCCCCCUCCGCCGCGGCGGGGCCGUGACGCUGUACCAGGACGCGCACGUGCGGGAGGGGGAGCUCCCCCCCAUCGAGCUCGAGGAAGGGAGCUCCUUCCGCCACGGCACGUGCUGGGAGGACAUAUGCCACGCGAUCCUCGAGGCGCACCAUUUGAUCUACAUCGUGGGGUGGUCGGUGUACCACAAGGUGAGGCUCGUGAGGGAGCCGACGCGGCCGAUCCCGAGCGCCGGGAAGCUCACGCUCGGGGAGCUCCUCAAGUACAAGUCCCAGGAGGGGGUGCGGGUGUGCCUGCUCGUGUGGGACGAUAAGACGUCGCACGACAAGCUCCUCAUCAAGACGGGGGGAGUGAUGCAGACUCAUGAUGAAGAAACUAGAAAGUUCUUCAAGCAUUCUUCGGUAAUUUGUGUGCUGGCACCUCGUUAUGCCAGCAGCAAGCUUAGCAUUUUUAAACAGCAGGUUGUAGGGACUCUCUUUACCCACCAUCAAAAAUGUUUACUGGUUGACACACAGGCUUCUAGAAAUAACCGCAAAAUUACAGCUUUCAUUGGAGGUCUUGAUCUUUGUGAUGGCCGUUAUGAUACACCAGAGCAUAGGCUUUUCCGUGAUCUUGACACUGUAUUUCAAAAUGAUAUCCACAAUCCCACCUUUGCUGCAGAAACUAAAGGCCCAAGACAACCAUGGCAUGAUCUACAUUGCAAAAUUGAAGGCCCCGCUGCGUAUGAUAUCCUUACAAACUUUGAACAACGUUGGCGUAAGGCAACAAAGUGGCGUGAUCGCUUUAAAAGAGCUUCUCACUGGAAAGAUGACGCCUUGAUAAAACUCGAGCGAAUUUCAUGGAUACUCAGUCCAUCUUCAACUGUUCCAAACGAUGAUCCAAGUCUAUGCGUUUCUAGUGAGGAAGAUCCUGAAAACUGGCAUGUUCAGGUUUUCCGGUCUAUAGACUCUGGAUCAGUGAAAGGAUUUCCCAAAGAUUGUCAAGAAGCUUCAGAAAAGAACCUUGUCUGUCGAAAGAAUCUAACAAUAGAUAAGAGCAUCCACACAGCAUAUGUUAGGGCUAUUAGAUCAGCUCAACAUUUCAUAUAUAUUGAGAACCAAUAUUUUCUUGGUUCUUCAUAUGGUUGGCCAUCCUACAAGAAUGCAGGUGCUGAUAAUCUGAUACCGAUGGAAUUGGCCUUAAAAGUAGCAAGCAAGAUUAGAGCCGGAGAACGAUUUGCGGUAUAUGUGGUCAUUCCGAUGUGGCCUGAAGGAGUCCCAACUGCUGCCUCCGUGCAAGAAAUUCUUUUCUGGCAGAGCCAGACCAUGCAGAUGAUGUAUGAAAUCAUUGGGCAAGAGAUCAGAUCAUCAAAUCUUGAGAAUGCACAUCCACAAGACUACCUGAAUUUCUACUGUCUUGGCAACAGGGAAGAACUGCCCGAAGACGACAACCAGACUGAUAAUCAGUCUACAGAUAAAAGUACAGCGGCCCUAAGUCGAAAAUUCCGCCGUUUCAUGAUCUAUGUUCACGCAAAAGGGAUGAUUAUAGAUGAUGAGUAUGUGAUUUUGGGAUCAGCUAAUAUCAAUCAGAGAUCUCUAGCUGGGUCAAGAGACACUGAAAUUGCUAUGGGUGCAUACCAACGCCAUCAUACAUGGGCAGAGAAGAAGAGACAUCCACGUGGCCAGGUAUAUGGAUACAGGAUGUCGCUGUGGGCAGAGCAUCUUGGCUUGGUAGACAACCGAUUUAAGGAACCCCAGAGUUUGGACUGCGUAAAACUUGUCAAUGAGAUAGCUGAGAAGAAUUGGGCCAAAUUCACUGCCGAGGAAAUGAGGACACUGCAAGGGCACCUUCUAAAAUACCCGGUAAAGGUCGAAGCAGACGGCGAGGCGGGGCCACUUCCCAACCAAGAGUGCUUCCCCGAUGUCGGUGGAAGGAUUUUCGGAGCAUCCACUUCGCUCCCUGAUGCACUAACCAUGUAGAGAAGUCGCGAGACAGCUUAUCACUAUUUAAAGGCCGGAAUAUAAUUAGGUUUUUGCAAGAUUGCUUCAUUUAUUCUUCAAUUUUCCAUCUUAUUUCAACCUAGUAAAAACAAACAAAAUACAUUGGAGAAAAGGAAGAUGUUGUUCCCUACUGGAAGAACUAUACUUAUUGGAAGUCGAAGCUUUGGUUUUUUUAAUCCUUUUGCUUCUCAUUUCUGUUAAUUUACGUGAUAAAAACAUUUGAUGUGCUUGAUUUGUUGAACAUUGGUUGUAUAGUGUUUAGGUCCAGUGGAUUGUGGAUGUAUUUUUUUGUACAAAUAAAUCAUAAUGGUGAAAUGUGGAUGUGUUUUCAUGUGUCA